AUGACGCUAUUCCUGAGUCCUAUACCUUCCCGCUGCCUCCUUUACCUCAGCAUGGUCCUUCGCACCUUUGAGAAUGCUGUAAAGCUUCAAUUUCAAAAGGCUACCGCUAAGAUCGAGAAUGAGAAGAAGCAGCUAUUUAGGCUAGUUCUUAGACGAAUUUCAGCCAAGGCGAUAGAGCAUAUAAAAGACGUCUAUAACCGCUUCCUACUAGCAAGUGACGAGAAGCCGCCGAUUCCUCCACUUUGCCGCUAUAAUUCGCUAGUGUCUCUGCGCCUCCUAUUGACCCGCUACUCCUACUCUAGGAUCCUCUCUAAGUACGCCGGCGAGGACGCCCCCAAGGCGCUAGGAACUUUAUCGGCGGCGAAAGCACCUAAGUAA